AUGGCUCGGGAUAUGUCAGAUAUUGACAUCCUCAAGAUGGAGCUGGAACAGCUGAAGAAAGAGGUCUCGACACCCAGGGAGCCUGUAAGUACCAUCAAUGGGUCCAUAUAGAGAAGCUCUGUAGCAUUGCAAAGGCAUCACUGUAAACUGAUACAGUCCCAUUGAACUGAAGUAGAAUGUUGAAUUGAAAGAAUCCAAACUUCUAUUGACCCCUCUCCGUUUCUCUUAGGUGUCCAAGACAUCCAAGGACAUCAUGGAGUGGUGUGAGGCUGCGUCUGGUACAGACCUCUUGAUAACAGGAGUACCAGAUGAUAAGAACCCCUACAAGCCUGAGAAGGGAGGCUGCAUAAUCAGCUAG